GUCAGGACUUCAAUAUGCCAAACCAUUACAUUGCCCCUCAUCUUAACAAAAAAGCCAUCGUCAUUGACGGAAGGAUGGACGAGGAGGCCUGGGAAGAGUGAAUGUGUUUUAACAAUUUAUUUCUUCUAAAUUUUGCAAAAUGGUUUGUUACAUUUUGCUGGACAAUAAAAUUAAGAAAAUAGUCGCAAUCGGUAUUGGUGUGAGCCUUUUGCUGUUUGUAAUAGGAAUCCUUAUAGGAUAUUAUUCGGGAAAGGCGGCCGGAUCAUCAUCAUCGUCUUCGUCAAGUGCCUCCGUAGAGGGAGGAUCUGGUAGCGUUGCGGCUGCAUUGACAAGUUCGUGCCUCUUAGAAGAAAUCAAAGGUGACCAAAAAACGAGACUUUUCAUCGACCGAUAUGUGGAACGCCAUAACGUCAAACACGUCUGCAUUUCCGAGGCGUACCAAUGUCAAGACUUCAAUAUGCCAAACCAUUACAUUGCCCAUCAUCUUAACAAAAAAGCCAUCGUCAUUGACGGAAGGAUGGACGAGGAGGCCUGGGAAGAGGUUCCGUGGAGUGAAUCAUUUGUGGACAUUCGAAGCUCCAGUUACCCUAAGCCCAAGUUUAGCACCAAGUUCAAAAUGCGCUGGGAUGAUGAGAGACUAUACAUAGGAGCCUACAUCGAAGACACUGACCUUUGGGGAACCAUACAAGGACAAGAGACGGGGAUCUGGCAAGACAAUAUGAUAGACAUAUUAAUGGAUGUAGAUGGCUCCAUGUUUAACUACAAGCAGAUAGAGAUAAAUGUUCUUGGGACCACUUUGGACCAUAUCUUGUACAAGUCGCCUUACGAUUCAAUUGGUCCAAACCCAAACUGGACAGACAAUGACCUAAGCUGGCACCCAGACAUGAAGAAGGCAGUUUACACCGAUGGAACAGUUAACACUCCCGGGGAUAAGGACAAAUUCUGGUCUGUCGAGCUGUCAAUGACGUUUGAGCAACUGGCCAACAGGUCAGAACGCGUUCAAGCUUCGCCGCAAGAUAACGAGGUAUGGUUUAUGCAGGUAGGACGAGCCCAUCACCCGCUGGAGGUUGAGAACGGGACGUAUCAGAAAGUUCCAAACGUAUCAUUCGAUGAGAUGGGAUGGUGGGCAUGGCAACCGUGUGAUGCAGUGAAUUUCCUUUUGCAAGAUCGUUGGGGGUUGGUCCAAUUCAAACGAAGCACCAUUGAUAAUACUUUUAAUUUCCAAAAGUGGCACCUUUACCGGGCAUUGUUUGAUAUGAUGGAUGGUAUGAACAAAUACAAGGCAAUCCAUGGACGAUUUGUUACGAUGAUUGAGGAACUCGACAUUCCGCCGUAUUUGAUGUCUGGAGUUUGCGUUGAAAUUCCUGAAAUAAAGGUUAUCGACAGAGGUGUAUACUCGGGAUUCGAAAUAACUGUGAGAUCCAAAUUUCUGUCGCACAAACCAGCCCAUAUUAACGAGGAACGAUAUGUGUGGUUCACAUAAACUUGGAGUUAAUGAUCACGGAAAUCCAUGUAAAAUCUUCAGCUGCUGGAAGCAAAUCAUAUGACUGUGUUUGCUAUCAUGUUUAGAACUAUACGAUAUAUUUUAUAUAUAUACAACUUGCGUGAUUAUUUUGUGUGAUUCUUAUAUAAUUCCGUUUAUAUUACACACAAUAUACCUAAUGUACUUUUUCAUGUAUGUUAAUCAGAAAUACAUAUAUCAUUGUAUUGCAUUCAUCAACAGAAUGUCUAAGUCACAUUAACAAAAGAAGACGUCGCAAACAAUAAACUCACAAUAAACAUUAAUGAAACCGGUUGUAUAGUCAUUUAGUGGUUUACCGCCUCGGAAUGGCCAAUUAAAACAAGGCGGAAUUCAUUGGAUUCAUUGGGGUUUUAACUAGUUAGUAUCAACUAGAGCACUGAAUCUGACACUGUCAAAAACCUUACCAAUAAUAGUUGUAAAAAUACUGUACAAAGCUAUCAUCAACUUGAGGACAAUGAAGAAUAAAGUUACGCCAUAUUAUAUAAACUGAAACUUGAUGUGUAACCAUAAACUAAAAUUCAAUACUUUAUGGCCAAAUAGGUACAUGACCUAAGAACGAAUGAAACCAAACGGAGCAACUGCACCAACUCCUCAAAGUUGCGAUAUUAUCGUAUAAAGGCAACAUGUUUUAAAGGGACUAGACACCUGCAGAUGAUAAAAUUGCAACACAAAAGAAAAAUGUCAAUCUAUAUCGUUGUGUGCAACGCUUUGAAUCUUACUUAUUUACUGAUGUUUUAUAUCGCUGAGGACACAUUUAGCUUUCGCAGUUUUUGCGUAUUAUUACAAAUUUGAAAUCUACUAGGUUUGUCUACCCAGUAAGUUUGAAAAUUGCGUCAGUAAAUGUAUAGACACUCGUGACUUGCACGUUCUAAAUAUACACACGUCAUGGCUUCUCAAAAGAAUGGAGAGUGCAAUGUAGAGGAAACUCCUGCGAAACAACGUAGACUCAGAGCCCGACAAAUUAACAUCCAGGAUGAAGUUGAUCAAUGGAAUCUUUUAAAAGAGAUUAAAAGUGCUGAAAAUUACAGCGAGUUGCCUUAAAGGUUAUUGACAGGGUAGUAUGUAAAAUGAUCAUGUAACUUGCAAGGUGUUCGGGGAAAAAAUCCGCGCUAUUUCAAAACGGGAAAGCUCAACUGAACAAGCGUUUGCAGGGGCGGCAUGAGUGUUGUGUUUAUUCUUUAAAUCAUGUAAAAUUAUCGGCCACAUGCUAGCUCGUUAUGCCAAUUCUAGGCUUGCUUUGAGAGAAAACUGUAUUUGCCGAUUUUGGACCAUCUGGUGUCGAGUCCCUUUAAUGUAAUCCAUCAUUUAUUUGUGUGCAAAACUAAUACAUUUUUACCAACACGUUGAAGACCAAUAAAAUUAAAAUGUGAUUUAAAACGAAACCACCAAAUCAUGAAAUAGAGGAUACGUUUUACUUUUAUUUAAAGGGUCCCGGUCAUGUCUUGUAAAAUGCACUUUUUGACAAAACAAAUGUUGUCAAACCAUUAGGAGUGUUAGAACUAGGAUAUUGACGGCUGGAACCAUUCAACAAUUAUUGAUAUAUGCUCAAAUAUUGUCUUUAAUAUCUAUGAUUUUGAAUAGCGUUGGUAACGCUUUUCAACGAAAGCUUAAAGGGUUAUACUAUCACUCAACUUAGGAAAAGAGUCCUUGUGAUCAAUCAGUUUUAUUUUCAUAUUUUGUGGGUUUUUUUUAAUUUUUUAUCAUGACUGUAUGAGCGUGGGUUCGUUCCCCAAUAAAACCAGUUUUGUAUA